UUACUUUACUUAAAUUUGUUUUCUAAGUACCAUGAUUAGUAGAAAUUUAGUGUCUAGGCAAUAAUUGGGCUAGGAAAUUGCAUUCAAGAAACAAUUGAUGUUACUAUUAAGUGUACUGGUUUGGCUAACAUAUACUGGAAUUUUGUUCUUGCUUUACUAGUGCUUCUUGUUAGUUUCAUUGAGGAGGCCUUGAAAUCUUUUGUAAUGUUUAUUAGGAUAAUAGCCUACUGGAGAGUGAAUAAUUUGAUUAUCUAUAAAGGGGUUGCUGAUUGGUGCUUUGUGAAAGUGUGAAUUGUUUAAUUAUGCAUAAUGUGGUGUUCCACUACCGGAUUCUGGCCAAGGGAAUUAGGUACAUGUCUCUCUAGGGGCUUGGUAUACUUGGACAUAUUAGGGAUUUCCAUUCAUCAUUGGGAAUGUUUAUUUGAUAGGAACAGAAAACUAAUCCAACAUUUAGCUUAUGUUCUUGCACUGAUUUCUUUGUACAAUUGUUAUUUGAGUUUUGCCAGAGGCGCAUCCAGGAUUUGAAGUUUAUGGUUCCUACAAUGACCAAUAAUUCGGUUCACAAUCAAAUAUUUAUAGAUAAUUAGUAAUAUUUUAAUACAUAUGCGGGCUCUAGCUACUGGUUUCCCGUAAAACCGCAGGUUACUCUCUGGAUCUGCCCCUGAAUUCUGCAGUGAUUCUAAGAAAUUUCCUGAUAAAGAUCUAGCACAAAAGUUAUCUUAUUAUGAACUGAAAUUUAUCCCUUUUACUUUUGGAGGUUUUAGAAGAAAUUUUCCUGAUAAAGAUCUAGAUGUGCAGAAAUACUAUUUCGAGGGUCGUGCAGAUUUGUAAAGAUGGAAAUGGAGAAAACAUGUGAAUUUUGCAUGUUAUUGAAGCCAGUGGUGUAUUGUGAGGCUGAUGCAGCACACCUUUGCCUUUCCUGUGAUGCUAAGGUUCAUUCAGCCAAUGCCCUCUCUAACCGGCAUCCUCGUACCCUUGUCUGUGAGCCCUGUGGAUUCAACUUAGCUUAUAUUCGAUGUUCGGAUCAUCAAAUGUUCAUGUGUCGUGACUGUGACCGCCGGCAUCAUGAUGAUCUCUCUUCUCAACACCAGAGAAAAGUGAUCACUUGUUAUAUGGGGUCUCCUUCUGCAAAAGAUUUGGCAGCAUUAUGGGGUUUUGGCUUGAAAGAUUUGGAAAAUACUCCACCAGAUCAGUUCAUCUCAACAGCGAAUGGAAAAGUAAAUGGAGCUAAGGUCACUCCAAAAUUUGUUAAACGGUCUCACUCGUCAGCUGGAGGCUCUGCAGAAUCAGAAGUGGGAUCAACUAGUAACUACACUAAGGCGUUUUGCUUGCUUAAACGGCGGGAGAACACUUCUCUCAUUCUACAGCAGAUUCUUGACUUGGAAAGACUUCAGCUGACUGAGGGCAGUAACAAUUUAACAAGUGGAGAAAGUAAAAAUAAUCUUUCUUCACUGAAAAAUGGUGCAUCGUGGGAUAUGCAUAACAAAUUUGAGCGCUUGCAGAAGUCACUUGAUCUUGGCCCUGAACUUCAGGAUUGGGGCAGUACUCAUGAGAGUUCAGUUGCUGGAUCUUUUCCAUUAUCGUUGCCUGAUGGAGAUUCGUUCUGGGAAUGUAAAAGUCCAGUUCAGAGUAGUCAGCUUUGGCCUCAAAAUUUGCAAGACCUAGGAGCUUAUGCUGAACUAGAAUGUUUCGACAAUUCCAAUAUGCCUGAUGUUGAUUUGACCUUCCAAAACUUUGAAGAACUCUUCGGUGAGGAGCAGGAUCUGAACAACACACUGCUUGAGGAGGAUAUGACAUGCUCAUAUAUGGAUAACAAUUUACCGAUUGAUAGAUCAGAUUACAGCUAUGUCAAGAGGGUUAAGGACAUAUCAAAAGCUUCAUCGGUCCAUACAGCACAGUCAACUCACUUUGGCCAAGGCCACAGUGAGCACAUUCCCACAAUCAAGGAUUGUCCUCCGCCAAUUAGAACAAACUUUUCAUCGUUGUCCUUCUCUGCAUCGAGGCUGAGCAGUGAAAGCAGUGGUAAUGAGUACGCGGAUUCACCCACUGCCAACGAGCAGGAGGUUUCAUGUAAUUCACAGAUUGACAGUAAAGAGAAUCUAUUAGCAAUGCACAAAGAAAAAAAGAAGGCUCGGCUGUAUGAGAAACAAGCACGGAAUACACCUCGAAGAGCUAGGACUAACUUAAAAAAGCAGCCAAUAAGAGGGCGGGUCCUAAAGGCGCACAGUUAUGAAUCAGAUGCAGUUACUAUGUCCUGAAGCUUAAGUUUCCCUGGUUGAAUGUGUGAAACUUGUGUACAUACCAUCAAACAUCACUUAGUAACUCAAGAAUAUCUUUCCGAACAUCUAUUGUAUGUUGCUCCUGUUAAUUCUUUCUUCUUUACCUUGUUUAAAGACUAAUUUUGUGUUCUAACAGAAAAUGGGAUAAAUUUAUCCUGGAUUUCAUGUU